UUCCUGCUCGACCAGACGAGGAGCGAUGGAUCGGCGACUCCUGUUCGUGGGGCUGCAGGUCUUAUUGCAGCUGUGUCCUCUGCAUGCAGGGUCUCCAAGCUCGUCGCCGCAUCUGGUCUUCAUCCUGGCCGACGAUCUAGGCUGGAACGACGUGGGCUGGCACGGCUCCCAGAUCCGCACCCCGAACUUGGACGCGCUGAGUGCCGGCGGAGUGCGUCUGGAGCGCUACUAUACGCAGCCCCUAUGUACUCCCUCUCGCAGUCAGCUGCUGACCGGCAGGUACCAGAUCCAUACAGGUUUACAGCAUCAAAUAAUUUGGCCUUGUCAGCCAAGCUGUGUCCCACUGGAUGAAAAACUCCUGCCUGAACUGCUUAAAGAAGCCGGUUAUGUUACUCACAUGGUGGGGAAGUGGCAUAUUGGAAUGUACAGAAAAGAAUGUCUUCCUACCCGUAGAGGGUUUGAUACUUACUUUGGCUAUCUUCUUGGAAGUGAAGAUUAUUAUUCUCAUGAGCGCUGUGUGCCUAUUGUGUCUAAAAAUGUAACCAGAUGUGCUCUUGAUUUUCGAGAUGGAGAAAAAAUUGCCGAGGGAUUUAAAACUAUGUAUUCUACUAACAUAUUUACAAAAAGAGCUCUUGAUCUUAUAGCAAGUCAUCAGACUGAGAAGCCAUUAUUUCUUUACUUUGCCUUGCAAUCUGUCCAUGAGCCCCUUCAAGUGCCUGAAAAAUACAUAGAACCAUAUUCUUUUAUCAAAGAUGAAAAGAGACGCAAAUAUGCUGGAAUGGUUUCUAUAAUGGAUGAAGCUGUAGGAAAUAUCACUUCAGCCUUGAAGAGAUAUGGCCUUUGGAAUAAUACCAUUCUCAUCUUUUCUACAGAUAAUGGAGGUCAAACUCUGGGAGGUGGAAACAACUGGCCCUUAAGAGGAAGAAAGUGGACAUUAUGGGAAGGAGGAGUGAGAGGAAUUGGAUUUGUUGCCAGUCCUUUAUUGAACCGGAAAGGAGUCGAAAGCCAUGACUUGAUCCAUAUUUCUGAUUGGCUGCCAACUUUGGUGAAGCUUGCUGGAGGACAUACCAAUGGCACGAAGCCUUUAGAUGGCUUUGAUGUCUGGAAAACACUCAGCGAAGGAAAACCAUCACCCAGGAAGGAGCUGCUUCAUAACAUAGAUCCAAUUUUCGUGGAUCCAUCUCCAUGUGCUGUCAGCAACCACAAAAGUUCAUCACAGAAUAAUUAUAUUUCAUGGGAAGACACCAUUUUCAAUACCUCCAUACAUGCUGCAGUUCGACAUGGAAAAUGGAAACUACUCACAGGCAAUCCUGGGUGCAGCCAUUGGUUUCCACCACCAUCUUUAUUCAAUGAGUCAAAUACUUUGUCAUUAGAUCCAUCCACAAAGAAGCUUUGGCUAUUUGAUGUUGUUCAUGAUGCUGAAGAAAGAAAUGAUUUGUCAGAACAAUAUCCUGACAUUGUGAAAAAACUGCUGUUGCGACUCCGCCAUUACUAUAAGAACUCUGUCCCUGUGUUCUACCCAGAAGAGGAUCCGCGCUGUGAUCCAUCUGCACAAGCUGCUUGGGGGCCUUGGUUGUAGGAACUUGCACAGCAGACAUUAUUAUGUCAUGCAGUGGAGUUGAAAAAUGGCUUGCCAUGCUCCAUUUGUGUAUAUGAGAUGUAUGUGUUCUUGCAUAAUGAUAACAGCAACCAUUCCAUAGACUCAGGGAUACAGGUAAAUAGUUCUGGGAUCCUUUUAUUGUACCUUGACAGUUUCAAUUUCAGACAUUUGGAUUUAUUUCUUACUCAGUGAAUCUGGGCAAUUUUAAUUUCA